AUGGCGGAGAUUCCAAUUGGCGAAUAUCUCUUCCGCCGUCUCAAACAGAUGGGCAUUGAGACAGCUUUCGGUGUUCCUGGAGACUAUGAACUUGCUCUUCUUAACCACGUAGAACCUGCCGGUGUACGAUGGAUCGGUACCCCAAACGAGCUUGUUGGAGCGUAUGCUGCUGAUGGAUAUGCCCGCCUCAAAGGUGCUGCGGCACUUGUCACGACAUUUGGACCAGGCGAAUUGAGUGCUCUCUGUGGUAUUGGUGGAGCUUUCUGUGAAAUGGUCCCAGUUUUGCAUAUCGUCGGGUAUCCGUCAUUUGCAGCUCAGUCAAGCGGACGGAUCUUGCACCAUACUCUUGGUGACAAAAGCUAUGACCACUACGUCCGUAUUUCUUCGGAAAUGUCUUGUGCAACUACCAUUUUAAAGGAUCCAGAGAACGCUAUCGCCGAAAUCGAUCAAGUUUUGAAUGCGAUGAUGUUUCACUCUCAACCUGGAUACAUCGGCAUUACGGAGGAUGUCGUCAAAACAAUGGUGCCUGCCUCUUCACUGAAUGCGACAUCAGUCAAGAUGACACUAUCACCCGGUCUUGAAGAUGACCACGCUUUGGCAGCCAUCAUGGCAGCACUAGAAGCAUCAAAAAACCCUAUUGUGGUUGUUGACGGCGGUGCUGGUAGAGGUAGCUGGGCUCCUCACGCCAGCGAUCUCAUCAAAACGCUCAGAUGUUUACACUUCAACACCAUUAUGGGCAAGGGCGCCGUUGCAGAGGAUGACCUCUUGUUCGCAGGCUGUUAUGCUGGCGUUGGUUCCUUGCCGCUAACGAGCAAAGCUGUCGAGAAUUCAGACUGUAUACUAUGGCUUGGCCAUAUGCCCUCUGAUUUUAAUACAGGAAUGUUCACCGAUCAAGUCAAAUCUUCAUUAAUUAUUGACUUUCAACGGUUCCAUAUCGCUGUAGGGAAUAAGCAGUUCCAAGCAAGAAUAACCACCGUUUUGCCCAGAUUGACUCAAGCAAUCAAAAUGAGUAUUGUUUUGGCUGAGAAACUGCUUCCAGAGCCUGUCGCACCACUACUUGAACAAGUUUCGGGCAUACCGGCAUCAAUAAUUACGCAAAAUUACCUUUGGCCUCGCCUAUCUUCCUUUAUCAAAUCGGGCGAUAUGGUUGUCGCAGAGACAGGAACCUCUCAAGUUGGAGCCGUCGCUACCAAAAUGCCAAAAGGCACCUAUUACUGGACACAAGCAGUUUGGGGAAGCAUUGGUUAUGCCAUUGGCGGUGCCGUAGGUGCCGCGAUUGCUGGCAAAGAGCUAGGUCGUUACAAGAGGAUGAUUAUUUUCACUGGCGAAGGAAGCUUGCAAUUAACAGCGCAAGCUAUGUCAAUAUUGAAUCGCCAUGGGGUAGUCCCUUAUUUAUUCAUUCUUAAUAACAAUGGAUACACUGUUGAGCGCUACUUUGAGGGCUGGGACGCUUCUUACAAUGACGUGCCUGGUUGGGACUACGGCGGACUCUUCAAGUCGUUUUCCCCUGAGGUUUCGACAAAUACAUUUAAAGUUCGAACAGCAGCAGAGCUUGACAGGAUACUCUCUGAUGAUGAUUUCCAGAACGCAACGAGUCCACAGUGCAUCGAUAUGGUGCUGGAUAAAUAUGAUGCUCCGGAAGGGCUUAAAGCUAUAUUUGACUUUAAGAAGAAAUUGGCGAGCGCUUAA